AUGGGUGCAGUUAAACGAUAUCCUUAUCCUAAAGAAGUUUGGACUCCAGCCGGUGGUUGGUGGAGUCGGCCGGCUAAUUGGAAAAGUAAUACAACUAUAAUCACGGCAGGGUUCUUUGUAAUUGUAGGAAUUGUUUGGAAUAUUUCGGCUACACGUGAGUGGCGUCAUAACAAACCUAAUCAAUGGAUCCCUUCAAUGAUGUGGUCUAAACAAUUUAAAGAUGGUGAAUAUAAGGAUUUAAAAUUCGACACAAAAAAAUAA